CUCCUCAUCAUCCUCCCGUCGCAUUCCAAUUGCUUCAUUUUCCCUUUUCUUCUCUCCUCUCUAGUGGAUUUAUCCUCUCCUGGUGAGAGUGAUCUAUUUGGGAUUUAAUCUAUCUCUGGUGCGGUCGAUUAUUCCCACCAUGAGGCCGUGGACCGCCGUGGCUGCUGCUGUCGGCAGCUUUAUCCUGUCCGCUCCCACCGUCGCCGCCGUCCCCACGGUGCAAACGGUGCUGUCUCCUGAAUUCCAGCCUCCUGCCGUCUUUAAGAACCUCAAUCUAGUUCGAACAACCAAUUUGGACAAGGGGUAUGUCCGCGAGACCGUCAACGUGGUCGUCCAGAACGUCGAUAAACAGCCGCAAUCCGAGUACUACCUCCCCUUCCCGGCCGCCGUAUUCAACCACGUCGGAGCGCUGGAGGUGCGCGACAAGAAGUUCCCUGAUGCUGGUCGGUUUGAUGUAGAGGCCGUCAAGGUCGGCAGCUCCUCGAGCGAUGUCCAUUACUAUGCCGUCAACUUUCCUCAACCGCUAGCUCCCAAGGCGGAGAUCACCCUCGGCAUCUCCUACUCCAUCCUCUCCGCGCUCACUCCCCGUCCCGCAGCCAUCCAGCAGUCCGACAAGCAGUUCCUCAACUAUGAUUUCUCCGCCUACGCCCCCUCGGCCUACCAGACGGUGACCCAGAAGACCAAGCUGAAGCUUCCCACCACUAAUGUGCCCGACUACACCACCACGGAGGGCCUCAAGUCCGGCGCCGACCCCGAGCGCCAAGGCACCACCUAUACCUACGGACCCUACGACACGGCCAAGGUGGCCCCGGGCACCGCGUACCCGGUCAGCGUGCGCUACGAGUUCACCAAACCCGUCAUCACCGCGUCGCUACUGGAGCGUGACCUCGAGGUGUCGCACUGGGGCGGCAACCUGGCAACUGAGGAGCGCUACUGGCUGCGCAACAACGGCUCGCAUCUCGUGAACCAGUUCUCCCGCGUCGAAUGGACCGUCAGCAGCUUCCAGCAGCAGCCCUCGUCCGCAAUCCGCGAGCUCACCUUCCCGCUGAAGCCCGGCUCCGUCGACCCCUACUUCACGGACGACAUCGGCAACGUCUCGACCAGCCGCUACCGCCCAGGGAAGGCCCGCCGCGACGCCUCGCUGGAGCUGCGCCCGCGCUUCCCCAUCUUCGGCGGCUGGAACUACAGCUUCCGCAUCGGCUGGAACAACAACCUCGCCAGCUUCCUCCGCCAGGGCCCCGCCGCCGAUACCUACGUGCUCAAGGUGCCCUUCCUCGAGGGUCCGAAAGUGCCCGAAGGCGUGCAGUACGACCAGGUCGUCGUGCGCGUCAUCCUCCCCGAGGGCGCCCACAACGUCCGCUACGAGACCCUCGACCAGUCGACCAGCAACGGUCUCCCGGGCCCGCACCAGAUCAGCGCCGAGGUGUCCCCUCUCAAGACCUACAUGGACACUCUGGGCCGCACGGUCCUGACCCUGACGGCCGAAGAUCUGACCGACGAAGCGCGGGACUCGCAGCUUGUGAUAACAUACGAAUACACCCUCUGGGACAGCCUACGCAAGCCCGCAACCAUCACAGCAGGACUCCUAGCGACCUUCAUAGCCGCCUGGGCAGUGGGCCAAAUCGACGUGAGUAUCAAGAAGCGAUAAAUCAUCCAUCAAUCGCAAUGUAUUGAAGCAGUUGUAUGAUUUGUCUCUGCUUGUGUGUUGUGUUAUGUAUGUCAAUUUUAUCUUUCGUUAUACCAGCAAAACUAUGC